GGUUCCUUUGGAACGAGCAGCACCAGCAGCGUUCCCGCAAAGAAUACCACAUCCCCAACGUUGCAAACGGACUUGCUGUGGAACCAACUUUUCGGAAAUCUUACCAACACGUCAUCAACCCUUCAAGGGCUACAUGAUCCAACUUCUCCUCAGUCUCGUGCUUUGUAUUGGAUUCGCAAAGACGCCUUCAACCAAAGCUACCCACAGUUUCGCCUUCGCCAACGAUAUGCCUUGGCUACCUUUUACUAUGCCAUGAAUGGAACCUUUUGGCUUCAAUCCGACAACUGGUUGACUGUAGAACAUGAAUGUGCAUGGUACACUGCGGAGAGUCGAUCCAUUACGAGUCACUCCACCACUUAUCCUUCCCCCUGUCAUGGGCAUGAUCCCAUCAUUGAGGAUAGUGCCACUUUUGUUGCCAACAGCACUACAAUUAGCUAUGACAAUCCCUACUAUGCUCGUCUAUGGAUGCGACACAACAACAUGUAUGGGACACUCCCGGAAGAAAUCUAUUGGCUCACGUCUCUCACCAGCCUUGACUUUAGUUUCAAUCCGGCCAUCGCGGGCACCAUCUCAACCCACAUUGGGCAACUACGAGACUUGGAAUACCUCAAAGCUCCAUCCUAUUGGUACAAAGGAGGAACCGUCGGAUUUCACGGCUUUGUCGAGUCUGUGUCGUAUAUUGGUUGCACGGGACCAUUCCCACUGAGAUGGCCUUGUUGA